AAUGAUAUGAUGGUUUUCUCAUCAUUAAUUUGUCACUAGUAUAGUGUGUCCCUGCCUGUCUUUACAACUUAUGACAUGUCGAACUACACAAACUCGAGUGUCAAGCAUGGACAUCUGGACCGCAUCAAUGACAUUUCAUUCGACAGCACUGGACGCAGAAUGGCAACCUGUUCCAGUGACAUGUGUGUGAAGAUCUGGAAAAAGGCUGCUCCAGAAGCAGGCAUCCCCUCAAACUACUCUAUGUCCUCUCCUCCAAUGUCGGAUGACGACGGAAUCAUGUCCUCGACGCAAUCGGGCGAGUCUUCUGCUGACGUGGAGAGCCAGAUGGUGAAUGGAGCCAAAUGGAUCAACACUCACAAGAUCCAGGCUCACAAUGGACCAGUCUGGAAAGUUUCCUGGGCUGAUCCCCAUUUUGGACAGGUUAUUGCAACAUGCUCGUUCGACAGAAAGGCCAUCGUAUUCGAAGAGACUUCGGCCGAUUCCAACAGUGAAACUGCCACAGUGUGGACGCAACGCAAUCUUAUAGUCGAUUGCCAGGCUUCCGUAAUUGGUGUCAAAUUUGGACCCCAACGGGAAGGACUUAUAUUGGCACUAGCUUCAGUCGAUGGACUUGUCCAAAUAUACCAGGCGACCUCACCAUGGAAUCUUACAGUGUGGGUUCAUCAUUCGAAAAUAAAGCACUUGAAAAGUUGCACUCUUACAUCAAUAUCGUGGAGUACGCCAAUCACACUUCCCACUCUUUUGGCAGUUGGUGCUAAUGGCGGCACUCUGUCCGAAAAGACUGAGAGAUUUGGUCUGUUUGAGCUGAUUCAUUCGGCCAACCCAGAAUCAGGAAAGGAACUGAUUUGGCGCAGAAUCCAAGACUCCUGUAUCGAGAUACAUGCUCCGACCGCAGUUUACGAAGUAGCUUUUGCUCCUUCUGUUGGAAGAAGGUAUCAUACAUUGGCAGUCGCUACGAAUCAAAUACGAGUGAUUAAGAUAGAACUUCCUUUUGCGUCACAGUUUCAAAGCUCAGCUAAUGAUUCGACAGAAUUCAAUAUAAACGAGGCUGCUGCUUCCAAGUACCAGUUCAGCUCCCAGACGGUCGUAAAUUCGGGCAGUGUUUCGGGUAGUUUGACGGCGGAUAUUUGCUACAGAUUGGGAUGGAACGCACUCGGUACUAUUUUUGCAGCUUCUCAAGGCGACGGAAGCGUGAAAUUGUACAAACAGAAUCAUUUCAACCAGUGGAUUUGUUUUUCGAAGCUAGAAGCCAAACCAACUUCGGAAUUAACAAGCAGUCGUGUGUCAAGGUCUCUCUUUCCAAAUAAUGUUCUGAAUACGAAUAGCACAGAGCCUGUUUUUGGCAAUGUAGACCCGAAUAAGUCUAGUCAGAAAUGUAGCAAGCGGCCGACUAAUGUGGCCGAUACGAAUUGCGGGGUAAUGAUAGCGGAGUAAAUCAAAUUAAAACUCGAACUGAACUGUCGUAUUUCUUUACCUCGACAACGCUUGUUUGAAUUGUCUUUCUUACCAGUUAGCAGAAUUAAUAUUUUUUGUAACUAUUUGAAGUACGCAAUCAUUUCGGUUCUUAGCAUCAUUCGAUGAGGAAAGAAAGAGUUAAGAUUGUUUGCAUGAGCGCUUGUUUGAAUUUUUAAGAGUAAUGAACGUAGUAGAACGAAAAGUCUUAAAAGUCUCUAAUAACUAUAGAUGUUCAUUCCUACAUAUUGAUGCAUUUAUGAAUGCUCUUAGGUAAAUAUGCACUUCUUGAGUUCAAUUGAAAUUCUUCUGCUGAAGCUGACGUCAAUAGCUCUCUCCAAAUACGAACGUGGAAAUGGCGCGAAGAAACGUGAACGAUUUCUGAUUUCGAAAGGGGAGUUUAAUUUUUUAGGUUUCUAGUGGAAUAAAAACUUUACCUGUA